AUGGAACCAGAAUGCAUAUCUCCUCUUACAGUCGCUGCGGCUUUAGCUGCAGCCUCUGAUAUUGCUGCAGGUGGAUCAGGUUUAUUGGAGUCAGUGUCAGCGCUGGGUGAAAAUGGUAACAAGUUAGAAGAACGUGUUGUCCCAGAAUCAUACAAUAUGACUGAAUCAAUUUCGUCACAUGGUGGUUAUUUAGGAUCUGCGAUUGAAAGUGAAGGGACAACUGAUACUUAUGAUUUAGAAAACCUAUCAAAAUGGGUGCCGGAUAAUCACUAUAGGCGAUUGAUGGAGAUGAAUGACACUCCACGGGAUCCUAUUGAGUGGAAUUCAACACGGGUAGAUGCAUAA